UCAAAAAAUAAGGAAAACACGUGACCACCUCCCAGACCAAGACCAAGGCACCACCACAACAACAACAAAGUCCCUCCAACAUCCUAAAUAGUGGCCCUUUUUGCCCUUCACCGCCUUCCACGUCCACAAGAACACGGCAAUCAUCUAAAUAUAACCCGGACAGCUCAGUCAGAGGCUAUGCUGGUAAAGUCUUAAGAACCCCCCUGAGAUGGAUGCCUCCCUGGGCUCACCUCACUCCUUCUACCCCGGCACUCAUUCAGCAGUUGGAGCAAUGGCGGAGGUGGCUGCUUUGAACCGUUCUGACCUUGAAGACUUGCUGGCCUGUGAUGAUAAGUUGACAGAGUUUGUCCUUGCUCUGCCCCAGCUAGCAGCUGCUAGGAAUCAAUGCGACCAGUUAGCAGCCCAAAAUGAAGCCGUUGCAACGGCCAACCUGGAGCGUAGCAGUGAUUAUGAGCGUAGCCGUGAUGCCGUGAUCAGGAAAGUGGAAGAGCUGAACACCUUGCGAGCCAGAUUUGAAGAACUGACAGUGGCUCAGCAGGCGGCAUCAGAAAAGUUGGCUCCUUCAAAUAUCCAGGAGAGUUUGCUCAUCCAUGCUGUUCAGUCUGAAGAAGAGAGUGAGAAGAUAGCGGAGAGUUUUCUGAGGAAGAGCAUAGAUGUAGACACUUUCCUUGGACAGUAUUUAGAGAAACGAAUAGAAACACACCUGAAGAAAUUUAAAGGUGAUAGACUUGGGGCACAGCUACAGGAACUCCAUAAGGCUGGUUUCUGAGUUGGUCCUUAGAACAUGGCUCAGAAGUACCAAGUGUUGAGAGGAGCAACUUGAUGGCUGUUAGGAAAAGAAUAUCAACCUGAUGCUGUCACUUCUCACAUAAUAUUGCUUCAUUGGAUAUAUUUUGUAAGACAU